AACUAUUACUCGCCCUCACUUGGCCUUGACGUUCAACGUUGUUGUUGCAGCGUGUGGUAAGUAAUACGUUUUCCUUGAUAGCUCUACUGAUAAGUAACAAAGCGCAUUUGAUGCGUCUAGGAAAAUGUUUCAACAAAUCUUGCAGGGCUCCCGAAGGAUUUUAGGAGCGUACUUUGAGUAAAUUGUUUUUGCGCUUGGAAUCGACGCUGGCUAGUAUACCCGGAGAGAGCUACGCGCUGUGUAGAAAUUUCUUAAUUUUUUCAGCGAUCGAAUCGGCGAUGAUGUGUAUUUUACAGCUAACUAGAACUCGUAAUUUUCAUGGGCUACGCUGAGUGACAUAGGUAGAACUUCAAACUUUUUAAAAUAAUUAGCUUUGAGGCAACUUUUGCAAUGUUAUCAGCUGCGCUAGAGCAAAAUGAAAUAUGAAACCUUGUAGAACCUACACAAUUUUAGCAUUUCCAAUAGCUCUUUGUACAUCUCGAUCGGGUACAGCCUGUAAAUAUGAACUCUAUGUAAUGAAUAGUAAGCAGAAACUUAUGUUUUGGAGGGAACGACUUUAUUUUGAAAAGGAAUUUUUCAAUUUAUUGCUACCGUUGAAGUUUUGUAAUAAUCUAUGUAUACUCUAAAUUAGGACAUGCUCAAUAAAGGUUAUGACAGCUAUUGUUUAGCUUGCUUGACCUUUUGUCUCUGUGUAAAAGCGUGUCUCAUUGCAUGCCGCUGUUUUGCACAAGUGAAGGCGAUUGUUUUGUUUUUGUCACGAUCGAGAAUUAUGACCGUUUAAUCUUAUAAACUCGGGAUCAUGUUGCAUUUCAAUACAAAUUUGGGGUGUCGACACUGGACAAGUUUGCUUCGCGGCUGUUCCUUGACUCUUUACAGGAAUCCUUUCGUGGAGAGAAGUGUUGGGUGACGAGUUUAAGAACGACUACGGAGGAGACUGACUCUAGUCCAGAAAAAUUUUAUUCUUCACUUUCGAAAACGAAAGAAAAUUUCCUAAUCUCGACCAGCGGAGAGCAUUAUCUUAAAAACUGGAAUAAAUGAUCUUCUUCGAUCGACACGAGCAUUUUUUUUUAUGAACAUAUUUCUUGAAGUGCGAUCCUAGAUGCUGAUUUCAAUUCGUAUUAAACUGAAUAAACAUUAAACUUUAUAAGGAAGUGAUGAAUCUGAAAGGAUCACAGAAUUAGUUUUUGACUUGAUGACUGAUGGGAUAUACUUUUGCUCAUAUUUAUAAAUAUACUUUUACAUCUGAAUGCAGUCCUUUAAACAAUGUAUAUGCCUUUUUCAUCUCACCAAUUUUUCAAAAUUUUUUUCUGCAGGCUUUUUCAGCCAUGAAUAACCUUAAACUUGGAUUUGUCCUUAUUGUCAUAAUUCAGGUUAGUGGAGUCACUUAUAUGUUAAAUUUCAAUAAACAUACUCUCCAUACUGCUCUCCAUAUAUUUUCUUUGGUGCUGAUAAGGAGAAUUUGUUAAAUGAUCCAAGAUGUGGUGAACAUUCCACCUAAUGAUAUAUUUUCAAUUGUUUUCUUCUUAGGCUACUCUCUUGAGUGCUGGUAAGUUUUAAUCUUAAUUUGUUUUUGAGGAGAGCACAUUCAUAAUGUUAUUUCUACUUGAACUUUUGAAAAUUUUAAAUUGCUAAUAUAUGCAUUACAUUUUUGGAUUGCUAGUCAACAAAGCGCAAAGAAUUUCUACACAUUCCCUAAGUUAGUUUUGGACUCAGUGUAAUGUGUAAUUUCAGUUGGUUAUCACUUAAGUUAGUUUCACCCUAUGGAACAUGGAUCAUGGAACACACAGAAAAAAUAAAAACCUGUAUCACAGAUGGUUUACUUGUUAAGUUUUAACAAUGGAGAGACAGUGACUUAAGGCAGCACAAGUUGCAAAUGUUGUGUUCAAAACCUUGUCAAUUUAUUGUUUCUUGUUCUUAACCCACACUGCCACUUUGCACUUAGGAAUUUAAAUGGAGUUGACUAGUAAUGGAGCAUUGUGCUAUUAAGGAGGAUUUAAAAUACUGUAUUUUAUUUGAUUCAAGUCCUAGAAACCUCCUUAAUCCAAAUUCAAUUGGUAUGGCUUACAAUUUGUCAUGUCCUGUUUUCAGUCAAAGAUGGUUUAUGCCCAAGGGCAUCACCUUAUGGCCCCUGUGUCACCACCUGUGGGGCUGAUGAAGACUGUGAUGGUUCAAAAAAGUGUUGUAGUAAUGGUUGUGGUUCUUGGUGCCUUGAACCAAGUAAGAGCAUUGUAAUUUUUGGUGUAGUUUUCCUUAAUGGAUCACAGUUUGUUGUGAUUCAAACUAGUUUGAAAUCUAGUAUGAUUUGUUCUGUGUAUGGUCACUGUUAUGAGAGGAGAAGGCACUUAUUCCAUGGGAAUGCCUAUUAGAACAUUUUGUGUGAUAGGAUGGGUGCAUAUUCCAUGGAAAAUGUUAAAAUCAGAAUCUCCUACUACCCUGAAAAGAAUAGUGUGAUUGAGAAAAACGACCUGUUGAUUACCACCUACAUGUAAGUGAGGUACUCUAGCUUUGAGCCUCAGAAGACCUUCAAUUAUCAAUGUAUUAUUAAUAUGACAAAAAUUCAUAGGAAAUAAAUUUGAAGUGAUACCAUAGUAUAGCAAUGUCUGCUCAGUACUUUCCACCAAAAUGGAGACCUAAUGUUUAUGUUUGAAAAUAUUCUGAGAUCUUUUUCAAUCUGUAAUGGUUCUGUAGUGGACUGUGCUGUCAAAGGAAAAUUUUAAACAGGAUUAAAUGAUAUAAUAUUCAGCAACCAGGGGUAUUAAUGUUACUUUGAAUUAUUCAAUUUUAUAUGAAUUAAUAAAUCUGUUUACUUGAAACCCUCCAGUGUGUCCAUCUGGUCAACAGCAUGUGGACUGCCCUGCCCAGCUAUGCAACUACGCUGGGUGCCCUGAUAAACCUCAAGAGAGUUUGAGAUGUGUGGUGGAAUCCUGUGGCAAGUGCAGUGUGAAGUUUAUAAACAAGACAACAGGACAAACUGUAAAUUGCGGUCCAGGUAGAUAAAUAAAUGAGUCAUGUCACUUGACUAUUAGAAACUUUUUUUUUACUCUGGCUGAAAAGAAAUAAACCAGUUGUUCCAGAAAGGAAUUGUAACUUGGUUUACCAGCUUGAAUAUCCUGCCAGACCCUUCAAGAAGUUAUAGUUUACUAUAUGCCUCAAACUCUUCCCCCUUUGUACCUUAACUUCAGUAUGCAAUUAUUUUUUUUACAUGUUUCUAUACAUUUCCUAAGGUACUGAAGAGGAGAGCCUCUUUAGUUGAUGAUUAUCUCUUUUAUUCUCAUUACCCUAAUUUGUGAGUCAGUGGUCAUAUUGUGAGGAGAAUUCAGAUGCCAGAGUCACUCUUAGCCUCAAGUUCUUAAAUCAGAUAAAAACUUUGAAAGGGAGCUAUCAGUUUUAUAAAUAAACAAUAUUCACAUCAUGAUCCUUGCUGAAAAUUUUAUUUUAGUUUUGAAUCGUUUGAUGUUUUAGUUCUUCCCGUUUUUCUAUAGAACCUUUCCUAAGCAAAGAAAAAUAAAAAUGAUAUAUGGUAAUAUCAUGGAAAAAAAAUCGAUGAAACAAAGGAAAAAAUUUAAAAGUAAAACUUGUGGUUAAAAGGACUCUCAGACGGAUUAUUAAUUUCAUGAUGGGCCAUUUACACUUUUUUUCUAGUGGAAACUUUGUGUAAGCGUAUGCUAGCUGCUACUCACAAAAAGCCCCUUCUUCUUGGUCAGUAUGUACCUUCCUGUGAUGCAAAUGGACAUUUUAUCAGAGUUCAGUUCCACGAGGCAUAUUUCUUUUGUGUUGAUGACAGAGGAAUUCCUGAUUUUUCCACCAGAUCAAGAACUCAGCCCAAAUGUCCAGGUAUAUGUUUAUGUGUUAUAUAACUAUUUGAGUAAUAACGCACACUUUCUAUCUGUUUAAUGGCAUAAUAACCUAUGUGGGAUAUUGGGAGAAAACAAGAAAAGAUUGUAAUUUAUGAGCCUGAGGCCAAAGAGAGUUCUGACAUAGUUACUGAGCAUGCAGUGUGAACAGUUCUGAAAAGGGCUGUUUUUGAUAGUAGUGACUGAUGUUUAAACAAAUUGAGCAGAGAUUAUGACUUCCAUCAAGGUUGACAAAAUCUCAGUCACUACUACUGACCAGCCUCCAUAUAAAGACUACUCUUACAGGAGUGAUCAGACUACACAAUCAGGUUCAAACCACUUACUCUAAUGUAGUUACUGUUGCUAGCUUUUUUGUUGUUAAAGUCAGUGCUUCACAGCCUCUUAUAUUUUUAGAUGGUUUAUAGAAACAAAGCAAAAUAAAUAAAUAGAGUAGCUGCAAACAGUGUGAAACAAAUAUUUUUGAGGUUUGCUGCAAACAAUUUCUUAAAUAAUGUUUUUUCUUUUAUAUUUCAGAGUUAUCUCUGUGCCAAAAGAAGAGGAAAGAAGCUGAAAAACUUCCUCCAUUGGGUCGUUUUGUGCCACAGUGUAAGAGUGAUGGUUCAUUUAAGGAGAAACAGUGUCAUUCAUCAACUGGACAGUGCUGGUGUGUAGAUCAGAAUGGACAUGAAUGGAGUGGAACGCGAACAAGAGGAGACCUGGAUUGUACAACUUCUGGUAUAUCUAGACACUACUGGCAAAAAUUUGCAAAUUUUAGCCACAAACAUGAGAAAUGCAUUUUCUGGUUAAAAAUCUCUCUAAAAUGCAAGCCGUCAGCUUAGUUUAAAAGGCCCAAGACUAAUAGGGAAAGCUUUCAUUGUAAGAAUUUCUUUUUCAACCAGCAAACAUUCUUUAAUGUUGGCAUUUAUUUCAAUGCCAGUUGCUUUUCUGCUUGUGUUAUCAAUUGCAAAUGUGAUAUUUUUGUAGUAAUUUAUUGUUUGUCUCGCUGAUUAUCAGAUUAACAGUUUUUUUUAGGUAUCUUCUUAGACUCUCAGGAAUGUCACAUGUUUUGUUAACAUUCAUUCAAUAUUUAGAUGACCUUUUCUUAAUGCUUUAACUCCCACCUCAAAUUUGUAAUUCUCCUUACUUUCAACCAUACACAUCUUAUAAAGUUAGUUCAGAGAAUUUAGUAUUGGAUCAACUAAUUAUCCCCAAAUUUACAUUUUUCUUUAUUCUCAUCACUUAUCUGGUUGAUAUUGUAUUUAUGUUGUAAGGAGAAAUUCUGUCUGGGUUACUCCUGGGAGUUAAACAAGUUGAAUGAUUGAGAAAGAAAGAUUUCCCCUGCUCAUUUCAUGAAUUGUUGAAUUGUUAGACUAUUAAGCUAGAAAAUGUUGCAUGAAUUUCUUAACUGAUUGCCAGCUAAUGUUUCACUUUCUCCAAAGACAUACAAUGCCAUCAGCAGUGUGCAUGAUAUUCUCUUUUUUUUUUCUGAUGAUUGAAAUUGUGUAUCUGUUAAUAAUUUCUUGUCGUCAUGUUAGGUCAACAAAUGGCAUCUCAAUGUAAAGUUUAGCUUAGACACCUGCUCUUGAGGCAUCUCCAUCCUACCAUUUGUUAGUGAAUGAAAAGGCCCAUUGGGGAGUGGUCAUUUGGGUACACAUGUACAAACAUACAUAGUAGAGAGUUUAACCCAUAAUGUAGAUGACUGUAUGGUCAUUGCUGACAGAGAGAUUUGAUCUCAUUUUCAGUGUGCCCAGUGUCAGUUAGAGGGUUUGACUGUGAUCCAAUGCUGUGUAAUACAGCCUCAUGCCCCGCCCACAAAGAUGCUACCUGCAGGGUGAACACCUGUGGCAAAUGUGAAGUGGAGUUCCUUGAUAAAAAUGGCAGAAAGGUUGACUGUAAGUAUUGAAGUUGUUAGAGAGCAACUAGGUUUCGUUACUUGGUAUGCUACUGUACAAUUAGAUGAAGUGUAGCACACUACUGUAGUGUUAUGGUAAUUGCUAUUAAAGGAAGUGAUGGAUUUGAGUCCUUCAAGUAUUGCCCAUUUGAAACAUGUAUUAAUAAUUUUUAAAAACUACUUUAGCUGGGUUGAAGAUUGAGUGAGACAGAAUGUGUAGAUAAACUUCAUGAAUGGAUUAUCUUGUUGUUCAGGCUAAAAUUUUCCCCAGUUGCUUGGCCAUUGAUGAUCUGUGGUUUAAUGCAACUUGGUGGAAUGGAGCUUAUUUUAGAAGUAGUAAUUGUCAAAAGAAUUGUAAGAAAUUAUACAGUUGUUACUUUUCCCUAUUUUGAAAUCAUCACUGUGCUUGAAAAUUGGUAAAUUGGGGUUUGGCAUGACAGAUCAGAGCUGCUCUAAGCCUGUCCCCCUGGACAAGAUGCUAGCUCAUGGUAGUGUAUCCUCAGCAUUUUGUCAGAUUCCAUGGAUGGUUCAUGGUUACCAUUCAUCCAUUCCUGGGUGGAGAGAGGCUUUGUAGGAGUACAGUGUCCUUCCCAAGAAUAUAACACCAUGAUCAGGCCAGCAGGGAUUUAACUUACUCUGCACAACUCAGAGUCCCUUGGCUCUUACUUGCUUUUGCAUUUAGCAGUCAUUUACUCUCCAUACUUUGUUAAUUGCUCUGAAAACUAGAGACUAACCAUUAUUUUUGGAUAAAUUGGUACAUUUUUUGUUGUGUUUUAUUUCUCCACCAGGUUUCUCCAAGUGCCAGAAUCAACGUCUGAAAGCCCUUGGUACUCGCUCUCUGGAUGAAAAACCAGCUCACCCCAUUAUUGGACGGUUUGUACCACAGUGUGCGGCAGAUGGAAGCUAUGAGGAAGUACAGUGUUAUGGCUCCACUGGCUAUUGUUGGUGUGUUGAUGUUGGAGGAAACCCUGUGGUUGGAACCAUGAAUCGUGGCUUACCACAUUGUAACAAGACAGCUAUGGGAGGUGCUGUAACAGUUGAACUCACAUAAUUAAUUCGCCUUACUAGUGUGAAAUAUCAUGGCUGGUGAAAUGACAACUGAGAUAUAAUGAGAUACAGUAGAUGAUCAGAAAUCAAUCACAGAUUUUACCUUAUCUUACUUUUGGCAUUAUAGUAGUAUUGUAUGAAUAGGUCAUAUCCAAGUCCAUGUUUAAAUUUAUAGCUUUAUCUGUAUGCAGAGAGAAUUGUCUUGUUAUCAGUUGAUUGAUCAAGAUUCUGUUCUUCAAUUCCAUUAUUUUCUUGCAAUGUAUACAUUUGAUUAUAAUGAAAGGAGGAAUUACUCUCUGUUUGUUCUUGAUACUGAAAUGAUUUACUGAUGAGAGCCUUACACAAGUGUGAAACAAAAUCUAUGUCACUGUUUUCCUCUCUAGUUUGCUCAGGGAAACCCAUGUUUACCUGCUUACGCAACUUCUGUCAGUGGUCUACAUGCCCUGCCCAUCCUGAGGCAAAAUGCCGUAUUAACCCCUGUGGUGGAUGCAAAGUUGAGUUUAUUGAUAAGAACAGCAAAGUGGUUGACUGUCAUGAAGGUAUUACCAAAUUUUACAUGAAGCUUGAACCCUUUAACUCCCAAGAUCUCAUUAGUAAUUCUCCUUACUGUCUGCCAUAGAGUUCUUGUGAUGUCAGUUUGGAGAAUUAUGUAUUGGAUCAAUUUAUAAUCCCUAAACCGAUGUUUUUCUUUAUUCUCAUCACUUGUCUGUCAGUAUUGAUAUUGUAAGGAGAAAUUCUGUUGGGGUCACUCAUGGGAGUUAAAGGGUUAAAUCAUUGCAUUCUUGGUAGAUUAUGGUAAGAUUUCCAUUAUAAUUGCUCUUUGAAUAGGGGUUGAAUUUCAUAUCAGCUGAUUUUUUUGUGCAAGAAAUGGUUCCAAGACAAAAAGUAUUUGAGUAAACUAUUGAACCCUGUUCUGGGAUGUGCACUGAGAUAAAAACCAUUCAGCAAUUUUCUGUCCACGAUUCAGCUCUUUACAAUUGAAUGAUAUAACUGAAUGUCCAGUGCUACAUAAAUUGGUUGUUUUAAAAUAGGAUAAUUAGGUUUUAUCAACUGAGUUGAUGAUACAAUUUGGUCUUCAUGAAGAGUUUCUAAAGCUGACAUUUUGAGCCAAUGAAGGGUUAACACUCAAAAUAUCAGCUUUAGAAACUCUUUAUGGUCACCAAUUUACAAUCAAUUAAGUUGACAAACCUUAAUUAUCUUGUAUAACCCCCCUCCCACCCCCACCUUUGUAGCACAAUAGUUUCUUUAGAAACUCUUAACUCUUUGUUAUAAAUUAAGUGCUUCUAAUUAUAGUUCCUGCUACUUACAGGAUGAUUAAGUGCUCACCAUAAUUGUUCUGUUAUAUUUUUAGGUCUCUCAAAGUGUAAACUGCAGGAAAAGAAAGCCUCAGCAUUCAGUGGCAGUGGCCUACAACCUGUUGGCAGGUUUGUACCAAAGUGUGAAGCAGAUGGUAGUUACUCCAAGAUUCAGUGUUGGUCAUCUACUGGAUACUGCUGGUGUGUGGACAAGAAUGGUACUGAGUUGCAAGGAACAAGAGUCAGAGGCAUGCCAGUCUGUCCUUCUCAGGGACGUUCAAGUAUGUACAUGUUUAUGCAGGUGUAUGGAGCAGCCCAGUCCAAAGGUUUUUUAGUGGUAGGCAAGAUGAGUUGAGUAGUAGGCAGCAAAGGUUGAAGGCCUGUAUUGCUUAAGGCAGCAGUAACAAUGGCUGCAAGAACAUUGACUGCUGACCACUUCAGUGGCUAAUUUUCAUGCAGUUGCCAGUAUGUUCAAGUUGUUUCUUGGCCCCAUUAAUUUCUGCCACUUGGUGCUUGUACAUAUUUGCUCAAAUGAUGGGGCCUUUGUCAAUUCAUUAGAAGAAACGGUUUCUGUUUAUCUUUUUUGUUUCUUGUUCACAGUUUGAAACAGUAGGGACAUUUCAGUAGGAUAUUUGUUGUCAAUGAAGUUUAGUAGAAAGUAAGCAGCAGAUAUCUUGUUAUUUGCAACAAAAUUGCCUGUUGCUGGUACCUUUUGACUGGACUGAUGGAGCAGAUUUUAUGUUCACUUGGUGGUAAUAUAUUUAAUUAACCCUUUGUCCCAUAGGCAUGACCAACAUCUAAUUUCUCCUUACAAUAUCCUUGAAUUACACCUUCAGAUCACAGAAAAAUAAGCAAUGAUCACCAACCAAAGAGGCUGUUGAUUGUUAAACAAAUUCCCAUCGGCAGCAACUUAAUUAGGAAAUGUUGAGAGAACAAUAUGAAGAACAUGCAUACUUAUGUUAGGGUGUGGAGGGGUGAAGACUCUAAAUUGACAUGUCAGUCAUAAUCAAUCAAAAUGUUGGGUGGGUCAUAUGAUUGUAUGGUUCCAUGUUUUAAGAGUUAGAAAGGUUUGUGUGUGUUUAAGCAAUUUGUCAACUAUUUGUGGCAUAUGUCCUUUUGAAACAAGAGUUUUGAAUUUAAGUGUCAGUAUGUUUUUAGUGGGUAUUGUGUUAUUUGCUUUGGGUAUUUGAAAGAAGUCUUCACUAAUUUAUGUUCUUUUGUUGAUUGGUUACCCAUAAUAGCGCUAGCAACAUUAUUGUUUCAGUCCUUGGUCAAAAUGGGUCACACCCACACAAACAACUUCAGCAAGGUUUAUCAAUGUCAUUGAAAUCAAACCCAGUGCAAAAAAUUGGGAAUGUUACAGUAACACUGAUAUGUUUCUCUUCUCAACAGAACGAUCUAUCAAGGAUGGCUUUUGUCCAAUUGUGAAACAGCCAAGAACUGGGGCAUGUUCAAACAAAUGUAGUUCAGAUAAUGAAUGCCAAGAAAUGCAAAAGUGCUGUAAUGUCUCAGGAUGUGGAUUAACCUGCCAAGAACCUUCUUUUACAAGUAUGUAAAUUGCCUAAGCUGUUUUAGUUAAAGCCAUUUUAGUUGUCACAUGAUUUUAGUCUUAAAUUUUUUUCACAGCAUUUCAUUCUUGUAAUUUUAAGCAAUUUCACUGUUUGUUAUCAUAUUGUAUCUGCCAAUUUUAUCUUUUUUUUGGUAAAGUGCACUGGAUUAUUGCCUCAUUUAGCAUGCAUUAUAUGAGUUUAUAAAUUAUUUUCAUUAUUAUUAUUGUUUCUUUUUUCUUAUUUUCUUAUCAGCAUUCUUUCAACCUACAAUUUUGUUAUGUCCUCUCAGUAAACUUUGCCCUGGGGGACAUUUCUCCCCCUCCAAAAUGAGAUAUAGGCCUCUACUUCCACAACAACAACAUCAGUUACAACAGUUACCUCAUAUGAAAUAUUGGGUUGGUGCUUGAAGAAAGAGGAGUUAUCAGUUUUGCUGAGGGGCUAAAUAAAUGUUCUGAGCCACUUUGAGACAAUAAUUAUGUUUUCUUGUACAUAAAUCUGUGUAAAAUGUCUAAAGUGGAGUUUUCAAAGAACAUGCUUGAGACAGUUGGUUUGCCUUUGUAUAAGUAGAAAAACUCAAGAAUUGUAUUGAUUGUAUUGUUCAUGGGAAAUAGUUAAAGAAUGAUGUUCAUUAUUUCUCACAAGUGUGGGGCAAAUAAUGAUCUGAGUUAAGUGAGAGGGUUCAAAGCCUAACCAUACUUGAUUCAGGAUCAGAUGCUCCACAAACUAAUCAUGGUUACAUGCAAGUCUGUCUUUGAGCCAAGUGAUCCAUCCCAGCUUUCUGUAACAUGAAGUGACCAGCUGGGUAUUGACACUCCUCCCUGGAUGGGAUAUUGGGUAUUGACACUCCUCCCUGGAUGGGAUAUCAUAGUCCAUUGCAGAUGACCCCAUACAAUUUGUCACACUUCUCUGACUGUUUUCUGCUACCCACUUACUCUCCAGUGUUGAGAGGGGCUCUGUGAGAGCUAAGUGCUUACCCCAAGAAUGUAGCACAGUGGCGGGGAAUCUUGCAUGCUGAUUGCCAGGCUACCAUGCUCCCCAUUUGUUUUCAACUUCUACACUGAUUAUGAGCCACAGAAGACUUGUUGGUCAUUUAGGCCACACUGAUUAUGAGCCACAGAAGACUUGUUGGUCAUUUAGGCCAUAUAUCAGGGUCACAUGUGAAAGUUUUCUAUGUGCUGUUAGUACCACCAAUAUUGACAUCAUCCUAUGCUACAUUGAGAGAAAUUGUUUAGCUCUAUCAAUUAAUUUAACAAAGAUAAGAAGCGAUUGUUUAAGGGUGGGACAAAGAAAGAAUCUUGUUAUCAUUGUCAUUGUUUCAGCUUGUCCAAAUGGAAAACCUUUCUUGCUGUGUCUACACAUGUGUCAGUUUGCUAGAUGUCCUGCUUAUCCAAAAGCUACUUGCUUCUCUGAUCCAUGUAAGAUGUGCAAGGUUGAAUUUCAUGAUGAACAAGGAAAUAUUGUCAACUGCACUAAAGGUUUGUUCUGUGCCAAUAGUCAAUCUUGUGUCAAGGGUAAAUGUUAUUUAUUCUUUCACACAUGUUUAACCUGUAUUCCAUCCAAGAGUGUUACAUACAUUAACAGUAGAACAAUCUUAAACUUGUCUGAACUCACCUUUUUUUUUGGAAUUAUUAACCUUUAGUUGGAACAUAUUGGGCAGAAAUACCCAAGCUGACCUUUCUCAAAGUCCAGACUACUUAGAUAUUUGUAAAAUUUACUUAGGAGUAACAGUUUUUGGCUCAUCUUAUUGUCUAGGUUUAACUCGGUGUCAAGCUCAGCAAAAAUUAUCAACUGGUAUGCUUGGAGAGUUUGUUCCCAAGUGCAUGAGUAAUGGAAGUUUUGAGUCAGUACAGUCCCAUGAAGGUUACUUCUGGUGUGUUGAUGCUGAUGGAAAGGAAGUGAAUGGGACAAGGAGACGCUUCCAGAAACCAACAUGUCUCAGUCAACUGAAGAGUAGUAAGCUAUGAAAAAUUGCAUAUCUAACGUUUAGUUGGUGUUGAGAGCAUGAAUGACCUGGUUUUUAUGGUCCGAAAAUGCCAGGAUGUUAGAAUCAUUGUCAAGUUCUCGUAAACUCCAUUAAGAAUUUUUCAGGUAUCUUAGGUCAUGGUCUUUCAGGAUCAGUUGUUUUAGGUUAGAUAAUCUCCAGGAGUGACUGCAUUUCAAUCAAAAGCAACUGGUAUGGUGAUUUGAGGGGAGACUUCAACCCUGUCAGCCAAAACAGGUGCAAUCAAAUCGAUGGAUCCCAAUAGAACACAUGUAAUUCAUGAACUCACGAUUAGUUGAUUAGAAGACCAUAAAUAGAAUUAUCAACUACCAAGGGCUAUCCAUGUGCAUCAAAAGUUACAAAAAAACAAAAUGUCAUAAUGUGGCUAAUAUUAAAUUUCUGUUAAGAGUGCUUCAUGUACUAAAUUUCUCAAUGAAAACCUUGAUUAUUUUCUCAAGACUGUUUUAUGAAUUGGGCUGAUUUGGUAGAACCCAAUCUGAACCACCAUCAAUAACUGUAAAGGGAACUAUAUUUGAGUAGUCAGUGAACCUAAUUCAGACACCAAUAUCCUUCCUUCAAAUAACUUAGCCCUGUACGUUGAGUGUUACUUGUUUAGGUAGACUAACUGCAGGUAUUGGAUAAUAAUUCCACUGCUGAAAACGUGUCAGUAAUCAGUGCCCUUUAACAUGAUGCUUUUUAAAAUUUGUUGGUAGGUCUAACAUUGUGCCAGUUACAGACGCUACAAAGUGGUAAGUGUAAUUAUGAAUAAUUGGGAUCCCAAACAAAAUGUGUAAAUUACAGAUAUUCAUUGAACUGACCAUCAUUUCAGGGAUGGCUACAAGUUUUGAGGGCCACAAAUUAUGAACCUUUUGGCCUUUAAGUGAAACCCUCUUUAAAUAAGGAGUUAACUUAUUUACUUACUAACUAGAUGUCAACCUCUGGAAAUCUGAUAUGCAGAGAUUUGUUUGUGAUCUCCACUCUCAUUCCCAAGUUUGUCUUUUUGACUGUACUACCCCAAUCUCUCCCCAAAAAGGAACAUGCUAAGUGACAUGUGUACUCCAAAAAGGAGAAAAAAAGAAAAAACAAAUGGGAAUGAAAAAUAACAUAUGAAAAAUAAUGAUUGAAAUAACCAUUUAAAAAAUAUCACAAAUAUUCAAAUAUGUUAUUUUAGAAAACCCUGAAAUGUUUCUCAUUGUAGAUAAAAUUUACUUUCAAUAGACUGAGAGAUGUUGCAUGGGAGGUUAGGAGACUCAUUUUGUAGGAUGUUUUCAAAGUAGCUCUGCCUUUACAAGUGAAUGUAUUGCAAAAGAACCUAAACAAAUUUAGUAGCUAACAUUAGAACAGCUAGAUGGUAUGUUUUCAGAGAUAUGCAAUUCUCAAUCUUGACCCCAAAAUUCUUGUAUUUAUUAUAGCUGAAAUGGUAUAUAAUUGGCACCAAAAUGUUGCAUAGCAGGUGUGUGUGUUUAAACAAUGUAGUAUUGAUAACAUUUAUAUCUUUUAUAUCUGGAACAAAGGAGAGACUCCUAUGCCUGGUCGUUAUAUACCGCAGUGCAAAGCUGAUGGCAGCUUUGAAGAAGUGCAAUGCCACCCUUCCACUGGUUACUGUUGGUGUGUUAACACACAGGGGUGGGAAAUCAAAGGAACUAAAGUGAGAGGAAGACCAACCUGCAGUAAAGGUAAUUUAUUUCUGAUGAUCACAUGUAACAGUGCAGUCUGAUCAUCUGGGUAAGUGUAGUCCUGAGAGGGAUUGUUGACGGAAGUAGUGACUAACAUUUUGACAUUCAGAAUGUAAGUCGUCAACAGAGUCAAGUGAAUAGAUGUUAUCAGCUGAAUGAACUAAGUCCAGUUUGUAUAAACUGAUUUGUCAUUUGGCUGUGAUGUUAUUAGCCAUAAGAUUCAAGUGGUGUAAGUUGGUUGUGAUGUGUCAGUUUCGAUUUGAUCACUGUUUUAUGUUCUUUUCAUUAUUUAUAACUGCUAGCUCAAGGUAAAUAAAUCAUCCAACACCUCAACUUUUAGAGUUUUAACAUUGUGCUCAAAAGAUAUGAAACACUGUUUAGCUCUCACCUCUCAGAUAUAGAAUUGACCAAUUUUCAACUAAAUUUUUAAUUGCUCAGGAAAAAAACUUGAUUCAAUGUUCUGUAAGCUCAUAAAAGACUUCCACUAUUUCAGUCUGUGCGCCUGUAGUGUGCAGAAUGUACUGUGAAUUUGGUUGGGCUCAGGGUCCAGAUGGCUGUGAUAUCUGUAAAUGCAAAGAGGUUCCCAUCAAGCCUGGUUUCUGUCCAGCGGUAGAGCCAGAUCAAGUUGCUACAUGCACAGAGAAAUGCAGCACUGACAAUGACUGUCUAGGAAAUCAAAAGUGUUGCUCCAAUGGCUGUGGUCGUGUCUGUACUGCUCCAGAAUAUAAAGGUACUUGUUGAUCUAUCCUUGUAUGGUCAGAAAUAUUUUCAAUUAAUUCAUAAAAAGCGCUAAUGUUUUGGAAGUUGGACUCUCAAGCUUCCUGAAAUAAAUAUGCUUUGUAUGCUGCUGCUUUGUCACAUCUGAUGAUGCAUCAAAAAUAUGGUGUGGAUUUAGUUGCUGAUUGUAAGAAGGUCAUAGUUCAGGUGAAAUUACUGAACCGUUUUAAAUAAGGCUUUCAGGUGAAAACUGGCUUUUCUCUAAUUAUGCAUAGAUACGAUGCUCAACCUUGUUAUGGCACAAAUGAUGGUGGAGAAAGCAACUUAUUGGGCUGACUCUCAUAGGGAAAUAUUUUAGAAGCUUGGGGAGUCUGUCAAAAGUCAAAAUAGAUAAUGAUUCAAGUUCAAUGUAAUUACAUUGUUGUUAAAACUGAUGAGAAAAAAGAAUGCCUCUUUCUGGAAGAAUCCCUCUAAUUGUGAAGAAAUAAUUGUUUGAGCGACUGAGAAAGAAAUUGAUUGCAAAAUGAAUCCAUGCAAGUAACUAACAAGUAACUAAAACUUAUUCAUAUGCCUUAAGAUUGCAUUAAAUUGUGACGGUCGUGUGUUGACUGGAUGGCACAAAAAUAAAAUAACUGCUUUUCUUCUGCAGCUAAACCGGGGUAUUGCCCAGCAGUUGAUAUCCACCAUGUCGGUAUUUGUAAAAGUGAGUGCAGUUCAGACCGUGACUGCCAAGGAGAACAGAAGUGUUGCGGUAAUGGAUGUGGGCGUGUCUGUAGUGCACCUGUCCGAGAAGGUACUCUUCCUUAGGGCAAAGUUUCUCAUUUAAUUGUCAGAGAAUAUUUCCUUCGUAAAGGAGAACUAAUAUAAUUGUAAUUCUGGGACUGUAUCUGAAAAACAAGAACAUUUUGUUGCUUUAUAUCUUGGUUAGUUUAAUUUAAGUCCUUUGACUGCAGAUAGUGCGCUACAGUUUAUUUUAAUUGGCAGUUAGUUCAAUUUUACACAGCAGGUAACUGUUCAUCCAAAAUUUGCUGAGGUGUAAAGUGUGAUCCUCUUUUCUUUUCUUUCCAUCUUUUGCAGCUUGUCCCCGUGGUGCCCCUUUCAUUAUGUGUCACAACAACCCAUGUGAAAGAGCUAGCUGCCCUGCAAAUCCCAAAGCCAAAUGCCUUCCGGAUAACUGUGGCGGUUGCAACGCACAGUUCUUUGAUGACAACGACAAUAUUGUGGACUGUUUAGCGAGUACGUAUCGUGGAAUUGAUUAUUUCUUCGUGCUCGGGUACCUACUGGAAAUAUUUGUAAUUUGUCAGUUAGUCUACCAGUUCAAACAUCCUUAGAUAUGAUAUUAAAUACAUUCUUUGUUAAUUGUGAGACGAAUUAUUAAUUGAUCUUCAUGACAGAAAAGUCAACUUGUUUGUCGCAUCUUCUGUUUUUGCUAAAUGAACCAUACGUGUUGUGCUGGGUAGUUUGGAAUUAAUGUGCUUGAAGAUUCUAAGUAUGUGAAAUGUGAACUGCGGCUUGGCAAUCAAGAUUUUACAAAUGCGAAGGAAGCUUAUUGAAAAAUGUCAUCAAGUACUGCGUCAUUUUUAAUAGCAUUUUUUAUCUUAUUUAUUUUUAGGUGCGACCAAAUGCCAAAAGGAAUAUUUGGAUGCAACAGCAUCCCCCGGAAUGGUAGGCCAAUUUGUUCCAAAAUGUGCAGCUGACGGCUCAUACGCCCCAGUACAGUGUUAUGGCUCCAUCGGCUUCUGUUGGUGUGUAGAUAGAGAUGGAAAGGAACUCCCUAACACCAGAGUUCGGGGACAACCAAAGUGUACGUUUUUAAAAUCGUUUGCAUCAAGAAAUAAAUUUGUGAUUGAUGCUUAUCUAAAUCUCAGGUCUGACGCUGCUGUAUGUUUUUCAAAACUAAGGGGAAGAAAAUCAAAACAGAAAGCGUUACUUUACGACCAAAAUGCCCUUUUGUCAAGUGCACCACACCCCACCGCGCCUGACUCCCCCCCUCCCCGUAACAUUGAAGUUACUUUAUCUCAAGCCGCUUACAGAAAGGGUGAAGGCAAGUUAGUCGGGGCUUUUAAGGGAAGAGUUGAAUCAAUCAACUGUUGAGACCUCAAGUUUGAAAUUAUAGAAAUUUCAAGAUUUCUCAUGGGUUAGAGAAGUUUAAUUUUUGUUUCCUUUUUCAGGCUCUACGAAAUGUCAAAAGGAGAAUUUGAAUGCAACUCAAAACCCACCCAUUGGCCGGUUUGUUCCAAAGUGCAAUGCUGACGGUUCAUAUGCCCCAGUACAGUGUCACGGCUCCAUAGGCUUCUGCUGGUGUGUUGAUAAAGAUGGAAAAGAGAUCCCUGACACCAGAAUCAGGGGACGACCAACGUGUGAGUGAUCAAUCCAUUUAGUAAUUUCCCUUACAGCAAAUCUGUUUCUGCAAUUGAACAAGCAUUUCCCAACAGUAGUGAACAAACCGUUUUGUUAUUCGACCUCUCAGCCAUUACCCUGGUCCUUAAGUUGUAUAAAUUCUUUAUGAAUUAAAUUAAUUGCUAAUGACUUAAAAUAGAUGAAAAUCGUGUAUGUGCACUGUGAUUGAAGGAACGGAUACAGAAGCGAUCCUGGCAGUUAUGAACACUACUAAACUAGUAGUUGAAAUAAGGCAUGAAAAAAAUUCAGGCCCAUACGGGAUUUAAACCUAUGACCUCUGCCAAUCCCAGGUAGCUUGUUAGCUCAGUUAGUAGAGCGCUGCACCGUUAUCGCACCGGCCUCAUUUCAACUAUAUUAAUUGCUAACGACAUGAAAUUGAGGUUUGGGAGAAUGCAAAGUUGUCUGUGCUUCCAGGGGGUGUUCUUUUCGGUCGUUCGUUUUCCUUUUCACUCUCUCUCGAAUUAUGUCGUAUGCGUUUUAGGAUUUCAAUUAGUUCGCCAAGUGUUUGGAGCAAAUUCACUUUUGUUUGUGGCGAAAUGACGGCGGCGGGGCGAUCUCGCUCUUUAUGGAACGCUCUGAUUAUGGGGCGAUCUGACAAUGGGGCAAAGUAGCCACGUAUGUUACAUGUAGGUUUCAAACUGAAAGAAAGAAAAGGUAUCUUUGAGGUAACAAAUGUCUCUUACCUUUUAAAGGUGACGUAAAUCGUAUUUCCUAAGCAACCUCAUUGAGAGUGUACUUAAGAAGUUUCCUUUGCAAUUGCAAUAAGUAAAUGAGUCAUACUCGAGACAUUAGGAGUGAUUUAGCUUUUGAUAUUUUAAUAUAUUACAAUGAGAUCGAGAGUGACUAGUGUUGAUAUCCGCGUUUCCAGCAAUCUGAUGCCUCUAACGAAUUUAACAUCUCGCCAUUAGGCACAGUAUUAAGUCACUGUUCCUUGUAGGUGCCAUCACAUUCAGUAUCGGUCCUUCUUGUGAUGACGGCAAAACAUGGCAGCUUUGCGGUGAUACUUGUAAGAAUGCUUCUUGUACCAGCAAUCCUGACGCCAACUGUGUAGCCCCCAUGGGAGGCUGUGGCCCUGAUGCUUGCAAACCCAAGUUCUACAACAGAAUGGGCAAGGAAGUGCAAUGUAAGCGGCGCCGUACUUUGAAAUACAGAGUGGUUAUACUGUGGUUUAUUGUGUCUAUGUUUGGUUCGCUUGAGGUCUCUUCAUAUUCAAACCAUAAAGAUUCUGUAAAUCAGACCUGAACUCACAGUUUUAGUGUAUACACAGGUUUUUUUUAGGAACAGCGAGGUUGAUCCUUCUUAAUCCAUUUUGUCUUUGUUCUCUAAUAUUUCGGUGGCCUUAAUGAUGAAAUGACGAUAGCAUUAGGAGACGUUGCUUGCUAGCAGUGAUAUUUCAAGGGUAGAAAAACUUAUGGGUUGUACCUUGGAAUCUUUUUUUACUUUCAGGUCUCACAGAAUGCCAACAGAAAGCUUAUCAAGCCACCCACCCCGCGCUGGUAGGAGCCUUCAUACCCCAGUGCAAUGCAGAUGGUAGCUAUGCGCUUGUGCAGUGUUGGGGCUCUACUGGAUAUUGUUGGUGCGCGUCAGAGGACGGAUCCGAGUGGCCUGGAACUAGAGUAAGGGGAAAACCCAACUGUGACGCCAAUAAAGGUAUAGAUAUUACCAACCCUGAUAAAUCUCUUUACUUUUCCUGAGAAUUUCUUGAUAUGUAAAGACUUAAUUUCAUAGAAUUUCGCCAGUUGCUUGAUGUAUUUACUUUUUGAGGUAGUGCAACUUCUUCUUUCGCCAAGACAUGUGAAUAUGGUGUGGAGUUCAAAAUAAAAACGCGAUUAAAUUUAUGUAGAGGUUCCCAUGCGAAGUUGGUGUUCUACAGAGGAAGGCUUAGAAAUGCACAUAGGUUAAGAUUUUUCUAGAUCAUUAGAUCUAUUUUCUUGUUUCCGUCGCCGUCGUGGUUUUCUAAAAGUCCCUAAAAGUAACAGUUCCAACUGUAAAGAAAGAUUUUUCUUCGUGAUCCGGAGGUCUAAGUUAUUUCUUUUACCCCGCACGAGACAAAACAACUGAGUCCAAAUUCAUCACCGUUCCAGUUCCAACGUUAAUCUGGUUGACAAGGCUUUGAAAUGUUCAUGGUUUCUUUUUUCCCUAUUUCUUCACAGGUCCACAACUUUUGUAAGUAUGCUUUCUGCCUUAAAGUAAUCGUUCUGUUCCAAAUCAAAUUGCUGUUUUUUUUUCGGCUGUUGCAACCUCAGUUUGGAAUUUUGUUUUGAUGGUUCUGUUUUGAGUUUUCCUUUUUUUUCUAGGAGCGUCCAUGUUGGACUUACCUUCAACUACAGCCUAGGUUUAGUGAAGGAUGUUUUGGGUCAAUUUAAAGAGUGAGUACACUGUUCGUUCGAUUUUUUUUAAUCACUUUUAAGCAAUGAAUCUGUACUUGACCGGUCCUUCAGCUUUUCGUAGCUGCGUUUGUUUGUCUGUCUCAGCCUUUUUCUAUUUUUCUUCCAUCUAUUUGGCCGUCCGUCCGUUCGUAGUCAUAAGUCAGUCAGCUGGUCCGUUUAGUAGAUCGUACCGGUGAUUGUGUUAAAAUAAAUAUUCAUGUCUCGUUUUCUAGAUCAGUCAAGACACAGAUGAUAACAAUGUUUUCAUUAAAGGAAAAUCAACUACAUGGCCUUGAGGUAUGUGCGCUCUUGAUAUAUACUUGGAUGAAGGUAGUCUCCUCCGCAUCCGUCCCGUCAUGUAACGCAAAAGAGAGCGUGUUGCGUGCAAAGUUGACUGGGAGGAGGGUCUCUGACAAAACAUCAAACAAAAACCCCAAGGGUACUUCUUUUGUAAUAAUAUGAUUUAAAGUGAGAUUUCCACUGGAGAGAAUUAUGUUUAAGGUAAAAAUACAUUAAUUCAUAGCUGUGUAGUUUUCGUCACUGUUUGUCUGUCGCACAUGGAUUCACCUCUUCGUUCUGAGUUCCUCUCCGUUAUAUUUUUAGGUGCAAGAGGGAAGUAUUUUAGUUGGAUUUAGCGUUGAACCAGCCAGCGGGGGAAAAGACCUGAGAGACUUUGCAGAUGAAAUAACUGAAAAGGUUUGAUGAUCUCAGUACUGAUCUGACAAAAACAAGAGUCAACCCUAGUAAAGUAGGUCACAGGAACACCACGUGGUUCACAAAGAGUUUUGGAUGUAGCAAAGGAUUUGCGGGACAAAUUUCUGGAACAACAGCUCAUGUUGUUUUGACUAUAACUACGAGUUAUUUAGCCAAAAGAUCUCUAGAGUGAAAACUGUUUAUGUUACUUUGUGUAGAAGAGCGUUCUUUUCCUUUUACAGGCUCGCAAUCACGAACUGGUCAUUGAAUUCAGCGGUAUCACCUUUGUAGCUGAACCCGACGUUAUGUUAGCGUCGCCCAUGUAUGUGGAAGAAAAAACUGUUUCCAAAAAACAAGAGGAAACCGCAAGCAGCAGUGUGUCUGUUACUAGUGUUGCAUUCAUAUCUGUCUUCUGCACCUUAGCUGUAGUUGCUGUAGCUCUUGUAGCGUUUAAGGUGGGUAGCCUUGUCUUUCUGAGCGUAUAUUAUACUAAAGAAAAAACCUUUUCAUUCCAAGUGAAAUUUACUUUUUGUUCUGACGAGUCUUGGUGUCAUGGAGGAGUGAAGGCAAUGUUUAAGUUCAUCAUGAAAAGCACAGCAUGCCGAAGAGUUUCUUAGGUUGCAAAGAAUAAAUUUAUAGACUCAAAAAUAAGAAUUGCACCGCGUUCGCCCUCUAUCGAGUUCGCCCCUACCUUAUACCGUGUUCGCCCCCACACUUGUCGAGUUCGACCCCAUCAAGUCGAGUUCGCCCCUUGAUUGAGUGAUAUCCAGAUGAGUUGAUUUGUGACGAAGGCAC